CCUGUUCUUUUGUUUUGCUCUUGAUAGGCUGAAGCAGAUUUUCUAGAGCCAUAAUGGGUAUUCCAGAUGUUUGCUUGCACAUCCAGUUAGUUGGAAUGAAAGUUUAAAGCCAGCAGACACAUUCCAUCAUUAAAUAUAAGAUUGCAAGUGAAAAGAAAAGAAAGCAUCUUUCCCACUUUGUUAGCAUUUUAACAAUGAUGGUUGGCAAGGUGGUACAGGGCACAGUGAAAUAUAAUAGUAAUUUCCUUCCCUUUUUUCUCACCCUAGAUUGCUUUGGGGAGGGGAGGAGGCAAAAAGUCCAGAGCUGUACAUGAGAGGAGCGUCUUUGUGAUACUAUUCAUUCUCUGUUCUGACAGAGAAGGCAUUGUUUGCUCACUGUAAUAGGCUUGGCAGCCAAAUAAGGUAGGGAUCUGUGCCGCGCAUACAGAUUCAGAUUCAAAAAGUAACAGACCCGGCAAGAAUCUGGAAAUUCCAAGAAAUGGAUCACUAGGAAGGACUUUGUAGCAUGCCUUUGUGUAUGUGUACCCUUUUGGGCACUGUCCCCGAAUGGCAUGCAGAAGCCUUUUAGACUGAAGAGAAACGCCUUAGAACACAAAUGCCAAAGUCUUGUGGGAACUAAGCAACUCGGCCCUUUGCAGCACAUCCUUGUUAUAUCAUGGGACCGGACGUUGGGUUCUUCAGCACCAGUCUGCUUCAUAUCAUCGUCUGGGGAGGCUUGGCAGCCAUGACAAUGCUCCUGGUUUUGAUUUUCCUCAUCUUCCUUUGCUCAAGUUGUGACAGGGAGAAGAGGCCCAAGCAGCUGAAUGGCGACCAUGAAAAUCUGAUGAAUGUGCCUUCAGAUAAAGAGGCAUUUAGUCACUCAGUCACAAGUCUGGCUACAGAUCCACUGGCUAGUAGUGAACAGAAUGGAGGACUCAGUAAUGGUGAUGUUCUUUCUGAAGAUAGCACAACUGCUUGUAUCCAGCCUUAUGAAGAAGUACAGACUUCUGUCACAGACCUGUUGGAACCACAAGACAGUCUGGGGAGGUCUUUGAAGUGCCAUCAGAGCAGGGAGCUACCCAGGAUUCCUCCAAAUAAUGCCAUAGAAACUAUUUUGUCUACCAGAAAUACAGAAAAUGAUCAGGGUCUGGGAAUGGAGGGCCCUUACGAAGUGCUGAAAGACAGCUCCUCCCAAGAAAACAUAGUUGAAGACUGUUUGUAUGAAACUGUGAAGGAAAUUAAAGAGCUGGGAGCAACAUCCGGCACAGAGAAGUGCAAACCAAAAACUGCAGUGCUUGUUAAUGGAAGUCUAGACCAUGUUCUGGCACACAAGGUUGAAUCAGCAGAGUAUGCCUCAGUUGACAGAAAUAAAAAAAGCCGCCAGAGUGCUAAUUCAGAGAGUCCUCUUAGCAACACUCCAGACGUGGAGGAUGAACCACCGCCUCCAGUCCCCCUGAAACUCCUUGAUGAAAAUGAAAAUGUGCAGGAGAAGGAGGCCGAGGAGGAGAAAGAGGCAACUGAAGGGCCCAGUGACCCUGACAAGAGGCUUAGUUCAUUGUCUUACAAAUCUCGAGAAGAUGACCCAUCACUUACAGAAGAAGAGAUUUCAGCAAUGUACUCCUCUGUAAAUAAACCAGGGUUGGCCACCAGAGACUUGGAGCCUGCAUACACCUGUAUUCCAGAAAUUGCACCUCAAAAAUCGCCCUCUAUUUGCAGUGGCCUCUAUGCUAGUGUGAAAGACUUGGAAAAUACCCCAAACAUAACUACCUUUCCUCAGUCAGGAGAAAGACUAAAUGGGGAAUUAGAGCCAGACUAUGAAGCGAUUCAGACUGUACAUCAUGAUGAAGACAGAAAUGGUUUGAUUCCACACAGCAGCCAAUCGACCCUCUCACAAGAGAAUGACUAUGAGAGCAUUGGAGACUUGCAGCAACACAAAGACGUCACAAGACUUUAGUGGUGUCAAACACAAGGCUAUGGGAAUGGACUUUAUCAGCAUCAGGAGUUCAAAGGGGGGAUUACCUCAUGUCUUUAUCACUUUUAAACAGGUGAACAAAUGAAAUUGUGUCCAUGGGGGAGCAUUUAUAUGAAGGCAGCUGAUACAAAAUCUCAAAAUAGGGUGUCCAGUUUGUGAUGACUGCUUCACAUGUGGCAAAUGAUCUUAUAUAUGUGACCUCUUGAAAGGGAUACUGUUCCAUUUAUAAGACAAAGACAUGUGAAGUAGAAGAUAAGCAUUUAGAAAAAUACUAUUUACGUAUUUGGCCAAGGCGAACAAUGUUGAUUACAUCAGAAUUAAAGUUGGAAAAAAAACAGCAUUAGGUUAAGUGCCAUGCUUGACACUUGAUUUUACUUGGGGCUGGGAAUCAUGUGGUUCUCCGGAUAAUGCAGGAUUGCAUGUGCCAUCACUCUUAUCUAGCAUAGCCACUGAAUGCUGAGUUGCAGUCCUACUACAUCAGGAGUUCUGUGUGAUUCAUAUCCAUGUUCUAUAUAGAAUAAUGGUCUGGAGGGAGCAUGCAUAUUCAUGCUGUCACUUGAAUCAAUUGUCUUCAAAACAUUACUUUGUCAUCCAUUUGAAACACAUAAUUAUAUUGGAUUUGGGAGCUGUAAGCUGUCUUUUGCUGCAAGCCUACAUGGCUCAGGAUAGUGUAGUAAUUCCCAAUGUAGAACUAUGCUGUUCUUUUUGGACCUACCAUGGAGCUGCUGAGACCCCUCACCCAAGGCUGUUCAUGCCCAGAAGAGAGUGCAUUCGCUGUGUCCCGAUAGCUAGACAUUCAGCAAUGCCAUCAUCCACUGAGGUCUGCUAAAUCUCAGCAGCUUUCCACAACUGGUUACAAGGACAUAGCUAGACACUUUUGUAAUCUACAUUGCUUUCCACCAGCCACAGAACUAUACUAGGGGGAUUGUGACGGCUAGUAUGUACAGUAUUGUUUGACUGCAACUUAAAGGUACACAAGCAAAGAGUCGAUUUUCAGUGAUAUGUUUAAUACAACUGUGGGGUUUCGGGCAUUGUUAGCGAACAUGCGAACCUGACUUUAUUAAACACUUUUACCUUUGCCUUGCCCUGAAAAAAAAUGGGAGACAUUGCUACUGUAGAGAAAGAACAUUGUGUUUGCGAGAGAUCUGCAAGUCAGCUUCUAUGUUUGGAGACAGUUUACAUUUGCUCUGUUGCAGUCUGCUACAAUCUUAACUGAUAAAACUCAUACUAUUUUAAUGAAUUGUGCAAUCCAUUCUUCAUCCCACUUAGUAAUAUUCAAUUUUUCUUAACUGAGAAAAGAAGAAUUGUCACCAUUAUUAUUUUUAAAAAGGAAAAUUAGGAUUUAAUACCAUGUAUCUGCUACCUUUUACAUAUAAUCACUUUUGCUUUGGGUACUUACUAGAUUACACACAAGCUGCAACAUUGUGUAUUGGAUGCACUUUGCACUUAAGGUAUUUCAAGAACAUUUAAGAAAUAAAAUUUUAGAUAAAUAAUAAGUGAAAGAUCAUAGGUGUAAGGAGUCUUCAGUGUUAUGAUGAGGUGGUCAUGUUGGGGAAUACUAGUAUUCAAGAUACCGCAGUCUAAAGCAGGUUAUAAACAUGAAGUUGCUUAAUUAAGAUGAAAAAUUAGGCUUACACAGGAAAAAAUUCCUAACAGACUCAGUUAUGGUUUCAGUUUUGUUUUGUUUUGUUUUUUAUUCUCCAAAUCGCUCCCGGCAACACUAACACUCACCAAGCCAACUUCAUGUUGGAAGCAAGCAACUUUUAGCUAGUUGCUGGCAUUGAACCUCCUUCUUUAUUUCCAGGCAGAAAUUUCAGAAAGCUUUUAGUCAGCAACCAUAGCAACACAAAGUAACUAGCCUUUUUCUGCAGACCACAGCGAUAGGCAAUUUUAUAUGAGUUCAUUGUGUUGGUGCAGAAGCUUUGUAAACAGUUUCCUCUAUAUCCAGGCAGGAAAAAAAUCAUAUGGCCAUGAGAAAAUGUGCUUUGGAGUGGCAUGCAUAGAGACAAACAUAGACAAAUGGGGGUCAAGGUCCAAAAUGUCACAGCUUGCCUUCUGAUCUUGUUUAUAACUCUUAAGUUAUGUGCCUUGAAGUCAGCUAUGACUUAUGGCAACCCACUCAUAGGGUUUUCCUGACAAGAUUCAUUCAGAAGAAGAUUGCUAUCACUUCCCUCAUAGGCUGAGAGAAUGUAAAUGUAACUUGCCUAAGAUCAACCAUUGAGUUUCAAACCCUUUUCUCCCAAGGGUCUAACACUAGUCCAACACUCUGCUAUUCCACAUACCAGUAACAGCCAUCUAACUAUAGCCAUGCAUGUAUAUAUAUGGUAGGGAGGAUGGAGAAAAUGCAUAUUCUCCCAAACUGUUCAGCUGGCAAAGGAUUCAGUGUUAAAGGGCUUGCUGCAUGUAUGCUAGCAUUUUAGUACCAACUAUUGUAAUAUGUGAGUGAGAGUCAAGUAUCUCCAAACAUUCAAAAGCCUGUGAUUGACAUGCUAUAAGAAGCUGGGCAAAGCAUGAAGUAGCUCUUGCUAUUUAGGGCAAUUGUGUAUUUUUAUUCUCUGCAUUGUUUCUGGUUUCUGGACGCAUUGCAGCUGACUUUCAGCCUUAUCCUGUGCAUUCAUUUAAGUUGUUGUCUGAACACCAAUGAUAACAACUGCCAUAUGAUAAUUUGAUCACCUUGUAACAGGAAUUGAGUGCCUCUCAAUUAAGGCAGCUUGCCAUUUAAUUGAUGUCAAUGGAGGUUUGCUUUACAUUACAGCCUUCAACUGGAACCCAUUUAAAAUGUUCUUCAUCUCCAAUAUGGCAUUUUUAGGCACUUUGUGUGGAAUAAUAUAUAAUAUAAUAUCAGAUAUAAACACAGUUUUUAGUGCUUUAAAGGGCUCUGUGACUGAAAAAAGUUAGACAGUCCCCAUCCAAUCAAGGAAUGGAAAACAUCCCACAGUGUGGGAGAGAUUGUUCCCACUGGGUAUCAUUCAUAGUAUUACCAAGUACUCCUAGUGUUGGAUAUGGCAACAUAUCUAUCCUGUGCUUGGAAUCCAAGGACAAAGCCGCCCUAAGUGUGGAUUCUCUCCUAUUUGGGGAUUUCUCCAUGUGGCAGUUGUAACAUUUAGGCUAACCUUUAAAUUCAGAUUGUGAAACAGUAGCACAUCAGCCCUUAUUGGGAGAAUGGUAAUCUGGGCAGUGUCAUUCAACUGACUGCCAUCGCUUUCUAAACAGAUAUACGUGCUCGUACAUCUAGGAUUUGAAGUUUCCAGAUGAAAUUGAGAAAACCUUAAGAAGAAAUAUAUUGGAGUGCUUUACUGCUGGUGUAUUUUUUUAAACUGACCAUGAAAAAAUUAUCUACUAGAAUCUGCAUUGUUUGCAGAUUGUGUUUUGUUGCAUGUUUCAUUUGGCCAGUUUGUCCACAACACCCAUGUUGACAGAACCUGCUAGAGGAGGUGUACUGACAUAUGGAUUUGCCUCCAUCAACCAUUGAUUUAGAUGGCACAGGAUUGCCAGUCAAACCAAUAUGUGAGCAUAGAUGUUGGAUCUCAGAACUGGUCAGGGUCUAAUGUUGUGUGGAGUGCAAAUGAUGAGGAUCAUUUCUGUCAGAACAAUAGACUUGCCCACACAGUUCUGCAGUUCUUGCUGUUGGGAUUGGGUGAUGAUCCACCCUUUUGAAUAACACAGUCACACAUGUCAGUAUGCUGCAGGUAUAGUAAAACCAAGAUUCAUCAUUCUUUUUUUUUUAGUUAGAUAUACUCUGAUGGCAGCUAGAUGUGUGUUACCCAUCAUGUUUCCUCAGGGCAUAAAAUGCUGUGCCUUUAGAAAUCCACUUUCAGUGAAGUAUUCUGGACAGCUUCUAACAAUGGUAGCUAGCUACAUCAAAGUUCAUGUGGUGCUUUCUCUUAAACUCCAUUAAUAUUGGUGCUUUAUUACAUAUUUUGAAUGGUUACCUUCAUUUUGUAUGUUCCUGAAGGCAAAUGUGUAUAUUUUGUUAGAAAAUUUUGAAUAGUUGUCUUAGCCAGUUGCUGCAAUAUAAGAAAACAAAGUGAAGAAUCUUGUGGUGCCUAUAAAACUAGUAGAUGUUAUUUGAUAUUAACUAUUGUGGACUCCAGCCUACAUCAUGAUUCCAUGCUUCUUAGUUUAAUGUUCAUUUUUAUGUUUUAGUUGUGUGUUUUUUAAACUGUAAGUGGCUCAGGUUUUGGAGAAAAGUGGGAAAAUGAUGACUGACGAUGAUUUGAUGAAAGGAGCUGGUGUCCAGGAAAGCUUAUACCAAAUAAGGAGUAUUAGUUUUAAGUGCUAAAAGGUUCUUCAUUGGUUUAAUAGAAAGUAAGGAUGAUAAUUUCAUUCACAAAUUCUGCAUAACUUGAGAUUUAAAUCCUCUCAAUACACUUGUGCAACUCAAGCACCAAAUAAGGCAAAUGUUUUGUAGUAAAAUGCUUAAACUGAACUUCUCCACUGGGUGUUAAGUUGUUAUAUAUUGUCUAAGUAUUCUGUUGUUAUCCCAUAUUCUAUGAACAUAUCAAUUUUGUGAAACAGAAUGUUUUAAAAGAAAAAGGUUAUUCUAGAAGGCACUUCCACUGAUCUUUGAUUUUGAAUCAAUGCAUUUUAUAAUUUCUUCUGUUUCGUCAUAUCUAUAUAAAGUUUUUGCAGGACUCACUGAUUGCCUAGGCUUGAAUACAUGGUGAUUUCGCAAUCUACCUAAGCAGUAUUUAGCUUCAUUUUCCACAUGAUUCAAAAUUAUACAGAAACAUUUCAAAUAUCUUGUAGCAGGAAUGAAAAAGGCCUGAAUCAGCUACCACCAAGUAAGAUGGAGCUACAGUUUUACUUGGUAGAAGGCACUACGUUGACAGGCUAGCAGGUGGAAAAACUGACUCACUUUCACAUAAUUAACCAGCAAAUAUUACGAAUUUAAUGAAUUGCACUGAUCUAGUUAAUAUUUAAAUAAAUGUGUAUAAAUAUGAACAACUUGCCUGCUAUAUCUAAAGAUAGUAAAUGCAAUUGUAAACAAUACCUAAUAAAACAUCACCCACAUGAUUUAAGAUUUGAAGAUUACAAUUUGUUUUCCACAAGGAGCAAACUAUCUUAAAAAUAUGAACAACCCUUGCACUUCAAGUGGAAUUGUCUGAAUGCUAAAUUGGUAGCCUUUUCCACCUUCAAACGGUACACCAUGCCAUGUAGUUGUCCUACCUACUGUAUGAUCCCUUAUAUCUUGAUAUACAGGUAUGGUAUGUGUGUGUCUCUCUCUUCAAGUUGUGAGUCAUCUUACAGUGACCCCAUAUUUUGUAAGGUUUUCUUGGGGAAUUACAUUGGAGAAUUAAUGCAGUUUGGAAUCACUUUAUCCACCAUGACUUAAUGCUGUGAUAUCAUGAAAGGUUUAGUUGUAAUAAAGUCUUCAGCCUUCUUUGCCAAAGAGUCUUGGGACCUCACCAAACUCCCAGGAUUCCAAAGCACUGAGCCAAAACAGUUCAAGUGGGGUCAAACUGCAUUAAUCCUAUAAUGUAGAUGCACUCUUAGGCAAGAAAUAUCAGAGGUGGUUUUGCCAGGACCUUCCACUAAAAUAUAACUUACAGCAUCCGUAUUCCAUGUCUGUUUCACAUCCAAGUGCUAACCAGAGCUACUCUGCUAUAUAUAGAGCAAUACUAUACAGUCCUCUUUUUGACUUGAUGGUGGUUAAUAACAACCACUCCCACAUCCACUUGCCCAAGGAUGUACUGCAUUUUAAACCUUUUAGUUCUGUUUAAUACAUUUUAGCCUGUUUAAAAAGAUUUAUUGGUUUAAAUGACUUUAACUCGUUCGCAUGGAUUUUGCUUGUAUGCCACCCAAAAAUCUUUUGAUACAGGCUGAGACAGAAACAUUUUAAUGAAAAGGAAUAAGAUUCUCUUUUCUGCUGCAGUCUUCUUUCUGAAGUUCCCCAGUCUCACAGGGUUCCCUGUCUGGAACCAAAAACAGGAUGAAAAAUCUGUUGGGGAGGGAGGGUGCAAGUCCGCUCUAAUUUACUCUCCCCCAAAGCAUUUUCUCAUCUCAAAAUCUGCCAGUGCUUUGUUUUCUUUUCUUCCACUUGCAGAGGUCUGCAGGCAUUUUUAAACUCCUCAGAGACAUGCUGUAUGUUUCUUCUCCACUUGCGGUUCUGUGCUGGAUGUGAUGUAUGAACAUUUGGUUCUGUAUUUCAAAAUAUCAUGAUAUAGUUCUCUCCGCCAGACAACAUGAGGUACUGUUAAUUGUUUUUGCACUUUUAUUUAUAUUACAAUCAAAGACAGAAGCUGAGAAUUGAAUAUACUUCGGGCAUGAGCUUUUGUUUGCUCCUUUAAAAAAUAGACCUUUCCAAAAUUGUCAUCAUGUUGACAGAAAAUAUUUGAAUUUUUGUAUUCAAAAGUAGGAGAGGGCAGCAACCAUAGAAAAAGGGGGAAUGGGAGCUCAAAGCUCACUUGGAUCAGGCUGGAGGUACAAAUGUGGGAUCUAAGAAAAUGCUGGAAUUGUAAAUCCUAUAAUGCUUCACUACUGGCUUUCUGAUUGGGGGGGGGGGGGGGAUAUCCAAACCUGUUGUCCAGAUCUGAUUUAAAGGACACCAAAGCUGCAAAAUCCCCAGCUGCUAUGAGCUUUCACUCCCAGCUUCCAAUAUGACGUUGCUUGCUCACUUACACACCACAUAUUAUUUUAAUUCAGCUGGUUAAUAAAGUAUACAGUAUUGUCA